UAUUUGUUCAGGAGGAGCCCAACAUCAAAGUUCAGUUUUGUAUUCAAUUCUUUGCUCUUAGUCCCACAAACAGAAGAAACACAGCAUUUCCCACCAGCAACAGUAAAGCCUUCAGGAUGUGGGUCAUCACCGUCAUCUCUGUAGCCUGUCUGCUGGUCAGUCCAUCCUUGGCUGGGAUCAAAGACAUCAGCUCUCACUUCAGUGACCCUACACCAAAUCCCAGAACCUUUAAUGGGGGGGCAGUGGAUUUAGAGGCCAUCCCCUUGGAGUUCCACAAAGAAAACACUGUCACUAAUGACCUAAUUUUUGAUGGCUUUGAGGAUGAGGACUACAUUGAUUUUGACGCGAUCCUGGCUGCAGGCAAUGAUGACUACAUUGAAGGAGAUGAAAUAGAUGAGAUUGCCACACCAGCACCAGACAUUGACAUCUUUGCCGAACCCUCCGACCCAAAGAUUCGACGUGCCAGACUACUCCGGCUGUUCCACGGUCGGUCUCGCCUCCAACGUCUCAACAUCGUUAAUGCUCAUUUCGGUUUUAACCUUUAUCGAAGUCUUCGGAACGAUGUCAACCAGACUGACAACAUCCUGCUAGCACCUGCUGGGAUCUCCAUCGCUAUGGGAAUGAUGUCUUUAGGGGCAGGACCUGGAACACACGAUCAAAUCUACAAAGCUCUGGGAUUCGCCGAGUUUGUCAAUGCUAGCCAUCACUAUGACAACACGACAGUGCACAAGCUGUUCAGGAAGCUGACGCACAGGCUCUUCAGGAGGAACUUUGGUUACACACUACGCUCUGUAAACGACGUCUACGUGAAGAAGAAUGUCUUGGUGAAAGAUUCUUUCCGUGCAGAGACAAAGGCUUUUUAUUUUGCAGAGCCGCAGUCAGUAGACUUCAAGGACCCUGCCUUUCUCGACAAAGCCAACCGUCGCAUCCUAAAGCUGACCAAAGGGCUGAUCAGGGAACCACUCAAGAGUGUCGACCCAAAUAUGGUACUGAUGCUGCUCAACUACCUGUACUUCAAAGGUACAUGGGAACAGAAAUUCCCCAAAGAAAUGACUCACUAUCGCAACUUCCGAGUUAGCGAAAAGACAAACGUACGUGUGCCAAUGAUGACCAACAAGGGAAACUAUCUGGCUGCUGCUGACCACGAACUAGAUUGUGACAUCCUACAGCUGCCAUACACAGGACAAAUCAGCAUGCUCAUUGCCUUGCCAAGGAAGAUUAAUGGCAUGAGGAACCUGGAGCAGGAGAUCUCUCCCACUGUUGUCAACAAGUGGCUCAAAAACAUGACAAACAGGACUCGAGAGGUGGUGCUACCUCGGUUUAAACUGGAGCAGAACUAUGACUUGAUUGAGAAUAUGAAGGAAAUGGGCCUCACUGACUUAUUCCAAGCGAGUGGAGACUUCUCUGGAAUGACUUCUGAAAAGGUUUUGAUGAACUGGCUGAAGCACCAGGGAACCAUCACUGUGAAUGAAGAGGGGACAGAGGCUGCUGCUCUGACCCAGGUGGGCUUCAUGCCCCUCUCCUCUCAGAUCCGCUUCACUGUGGACCACCCCUUUCUCUUCCUGAUCUACGAGCACCGCACAGACUGCCUUGUGUUCAUGGGUCGUGUGGCUAAUCCCUCACAGAGCUAAACAUGACCAGCUAUUCCCUUCAAAUUCCCUUUUUGGUUAGAACUUCAAACUAAAAGAUUUACUAUGAGCACAAUAUGUACAUGUGACAUAGUAAUGAGUCUUUAUGUGUAUGUAGUCUCUUACUGAACAUUUAAACCUCUCCCUCCAAUCACUCAAAAAGUUGUAAGUCUGUCAGAGUGACUCAGUGAGUGCUUGUUAUCUGUCUGUUAAUGUUUUAGCUUCUGCAAUAAAGCUAAUAGAGAAAUAUGCUCAGAAAUAACUGUAACAAUAACUGUCAUUACCUAAUGUUAUACUGUAAUAAUUGCAAUAUAGUGCAGACUAUGGAAACAUCAACAUGAACACAAAAAAGGGGAAAAUAAAAUAAAAUAAAAACACUA